AUGAUAAAGUUCAUCCUCGUCCAAAACAGACAGGGAAAGACAAGAUUGUCAAAGUGGUAUGUCCCAUACGACGAUGAUGAGAAGCUCCGACUCCGAGGCGAAGUCCAUCGACUUAUAGCUCCCAGAGAUCAGAAAUACCAGUCCAACUUUGUUGAGUUCAGAAAUGAUAAGAUUGUUUAUCGUCGAUAUGCCGGUCUAUUCUUUUGCGUUUGUGUCGAUUCGAACGACAAUGAAUUGGCAUAUCUCGAGGCUAUCCAUUUGUUCGUGGAGGUUUUAGACGCGUUCUUCCAAAACGUAUGCGAAUUAGACCUUGUCUUCUCAUUCUACAAAGUCUACGCAAUCCUAGACGAAGUCUUCCUCGCAGGCGAGAUCGAAGAGACUUCCAAGCAAGUCGUUUUGGAUCGACUUGAUUAUUUGGAGAAGUUAGAGUAG